AUGAACGCUGAAAAGGCUGAAGCCAACUCGAGGCUUCUGGAGCUUUCGAAGAGGAACCUGGAAAAUAAAACGAAGAAGGAACUGGAACAGAAACAGAAGCAGGAGGAACAGCAGGAGCAGAGGAGGAUCAUCAUGAAGUCCCUGUUGACCCCGGAUGCGCACGCACGAUUGUCGAGGAUAGCCAUUGUGAAGGAAGAGAAGGCCAGGCGAAUCGAGGACAUAAUUAUAAGGAAUAGCCAAAUGGGUAUGCUUCACAGAAAAAUUGACGAUGAGCAGCUAAUUAAAAUUAUCGAGCAAGUGAGCGAAAAGAUUUACAAAAAGGAACCAGUGAUAGAAAUUUGCUUCCCAUUUUCUUCCCCACCUCCAAUGAAGGGAAAAGCUUCCAUUUGGGUUGCCCUCCUGUUGGUUUGCCUAACCCCGCGUUUUAAAAAUUUAGACAAGGACGUUUCUUCCCCAGUAUGCAGAACUGAUGAAGUGUAUACGGGUGAUGCCUUCUACCCUUUCAAGAAAAAAAAAUACGUCCUCUAUGAUGUGAAUAUCGGAGAAGGCUUCAAUCUGCAGAAGGAAGUGCUAUACCGAGUAGCGCUGGCCGUGUACUACCUCAACCAGGAGGAGAGGACACAAGUGCAUUAUCUUGUGUUACCUCCCUGGUGCUAUGUCACCCACUGGGGAAAGGAGAAAAAACACAACAGAAUUAAGUGGGACGUUUUCUUCAAUCUGAAGGCCCUCCAAAAUGUGAUCCCCGUUAUGGAGUACACUGAAUAUGAGGAACAGUUUGGGCCACAUGUGGAUUACAUCCUUUCGUAUCGACAUGUCAUUGGGGAUUGGUCCAAAAUGGAGGAAAAAAAAAGCUUCCAAUUUAUGGACAUGGAGAAAUGUGACGCGAAAAAUUAUAAAUUCAAAAAAAAUUUAUGUAAAAAUUGUGCCCAUAAAUAUUCAGUUGUAUAUUCAGGAAAUUGCACAAAUGUCAAGGGAAAAAAAACGGAGUGUUUAGAAUUUUUUUUUAUAACUAGCUAUUUUGUAAGUUCCACUCUUUCAGACAUAUUUCACUACGACAUGGAUUCUGUCCUUAUCAAACACGGCAGCAACAUCCUCGUAUCCUUCGUGAACGAAUUGGUGGAAGCCAAUUUGGAGGAUGUUCUCCCAUACAGUGAAGAUUUAAUAAAUGAGGGAAACCAGUUUGUUCAGAAAAAACUGAACUCGAGUAAUAACUACAUAAGUUGCCAUCUUAGGUACACGGACUUUAGGAAAAUCUCCACAUACGAUGUGCCGCCUAUAGGAAUUUCCCUUUUAAAAUUGCUUUACAUCAUGUUUCUGCGAAAAAGUGAAUUCAUUUUUGUGUCAACUGAUGAGAAGAAGCAAGUUAAAAAAGUGAUUGCUAGCCAAUUUCCUCAAUAUAAAAAAUUUUUUUUUUUUUACGAAAAUGAAAAGUUGCACACAGGACAGGUUGCUAUUGUUGACCAGUGGAUUUGCACACGUUCAGGGACAUUUGUGGGGAACAUUUUUUCGAGAUUUAGCAUGCACAUAAAAUGGGAGCGAUCUUUAAUUGGUAAGGGUGGACCGGAUCACAAUUUGGAUCUUUGCGGUUACAGCAUUAGCACUGAUCAGGGGUUGCGAAAAAAGUAUUCCUAUAUUCAGGAUGCCCACCUCGAUGAGGAGGCCUUGCAGAAGCUGCACCCCUUGUACAUGCGCCUAUCGGAAGCAGAUAGGAACUUCCUCAGGACCAUUUGCUACGACUAUGUCAGUCACUACCCCCAGAAUGUGAGCAUCUACCGGAGGGGGUACGUGCCCCCCGAGGUGUGGGGGGUUGGGAAGCAGAGUGAAAAGGAGCGCUUAAAAUAG